UAAACAAAAACAUCGUGACUCUCGUGCUUUUGUUAAUUUUCUUCAAAUUUCAUCAUGUUUUAAGCUUCCAAAAGUCUCAUUUUCACUUAAAAAUUAAAAAUUCGAGCAACUUUAACCCAAAAUUACUGAAAUUAAGAGGUGACAUCGUCGAUAAAAUCAAAAAAUCGUAAAAAAUUUUUACAGAUCACUUAGCAGCUAUUUCACCAUCACGAGAGCAGUUUAAGCCAACGACGAGAGAGAGAAACCACUUAAAACCAGUACAUGACUUAAUAUCGGCUGCACACUUAACAGUUGGAACGGAAUAUUUCAGUCGAAGAAGAGACGGAAAAGAAGAAAGAUGGGUGUCGUCAGUAUGUUUGCUCGCGUAACGUUCUAUCCGACGUUGUUCUAUAACAUUUUCAUGGAACGCGUUUCGGCAAGGCGAUGGUACGAUCGGAUUGACGACAACAUGAUACUCGGCGCCCUGCCGUUUAGGACAAUGAGUGAAGAGCUCGUGAAAAAAGAAAACAUCAAAGCGGUUGUCUCCAUGAACGAAGAUUACGAACUGUGGUUCUCCAAUAAUGCCGAGCGCUGGGCGCAACACAACGUCAAAUUCCUCCAACUAGCUACCACAGACAUCUUCGAGUCACCAGAUCAGGGAAAACUCCGAAAGGGGGUCGAAUUCAUCAAUCGCUUCUUACCCGAAGGACAAAAAAUCAAAGGUAUUCCUUGCGAUUUUACAGACGAAGCGGGAACUGUUUAUGUUCAUUGCAAAGCAGGACGUACCAGGAGUGCGACAUUGGUUGGAUGUUACCUCAUGAUGAAAAAUGGAUGGACCCCCGAACAAGCAGUAGCUCAUAUGAAGGAUUGUCGUCCCCAUAUUUUACUUCACAACAAACAAUGGGAAGCGCUGAGGAUCUUCCACACAGAUAACGUUGGAAAAAGCAACUUAGACAGUAAUAAUAGUCGGGCAAAGGGCAGCUAACAAAAGAAUUUUGUUUAAUUUUAAAUAGUUUUGUUCUUUUUUUUUUGUGAAUAAUAAAUCUUACAUGA